AUGGACGACGAGUACGCGAGCUCCGAGAACGAGCAGGAUGAAUUGAUGGAAGAAGCCGACGACCUCGAAGUGGAUAACGAGGCCGAAGACGACAAUGAAGACGAGGAGGACGACCAGGAUGAGCAAGAUGAGCCGGAGCAAGAACCAGAGCCGGAACAGGAUGCCGACCCGUUCGACGAAACUCACCCGGCAGCCUCGGAUGCCCAGACGGAAUCCGCGAAACGAGCAUCCGCUCCACCCACCACACCGGCGACGGCGUCACGGUGGCGCCCUAUUCUACGUCAAGAGUACAUCGACGCUCCUCUCUACGAUAUCGUGCCGACCAUGGCGGCACCCCAGGCCACUAGCGUCAACUGCAUGGCGAUCACCCCUGAUCUGCGCUACUGGAUGACGGGCGGCUCAGACGGCUACAUCCGAAAGUACGACGGCAUAGGCACCAUAAACGGCAAGCAGCAACUCACCGUGGCGCAAAGACACCCCUUUGUCGAUAGCGUUGUCAAGGCCGGGAUACUCAUGAGCUACUGGGAGAACGAGGAGCCGGCGCCGCCGAACGCGCGCGCCGAGGAUAAGAUCUUGUCUCCAGUGUACAGCCUGGCCAUACACAGCGGCGCACUGUGGCUGCUGAGCGGUCUUGAGAGUGGAGGUAUCAACCUGCAAAGUGUGCGACACGAUGAGGGCAAGAGGAUACACUGUCUUCGCGAAGGCGGACACACCAACGCCGUGAGCGUACUGCAGCUGGCACCAGACGAGAAGAGCGUGCUAAGUGGUAGCUGGGAUAAAACGGUCCUGGACUGGGAUCUGAACAACGGCCAGAUUCUGCGGCGAUUUGAGGGCAGCGGAGGGCAAAUAUCAGCUAUUGAGCUGCGUCCUGCGAGCGGCGCCCCCAUCCCCGCCGAGGCGAGUGAGGUCGAAAUCAGGAGCGAGACAUACGACACAGACUCUAAGGUGCGGCUGAAUAGCUUCUUCACAAACCACGCUGGCAAUGGAGCCGGCGAAGCAGGACAGGCCGGAAGAAAUGAUGCAGGAGCAGCCGUAGACGGGCCUGGGUCCCCGGAACACGAGUCCUUAUUUGGAAGUCCGGCCGGGUCACUCUUUGGUGACAACGACACUAUGGGUGGCGGUGGAGCUGCCUUUGGCGAUGACGACGACGAAUUUUCCAGAGCGAUGGAUAUGGGACUCCAUGACGACCCGAGCCAGAACGGGCUAGAUCAGUCUGCCGACUUCACAAUGGGUGACGCAGCUGGGCCAGCCCUCGACGGCGGCGCUACUUCUGUUCCAGACUUGCUUCCACCGACGCAAGAAGGGAUCGGCCCUAACCAAGGGGAAUCUCAUGGCGACCUCUCGAACAGCGAAACCAUGACUAGCGGGGACACGGCUCGCGGCAUCUCAAUGGACUCUAGUCAGCCAGCGAUAAUCCCGGAAACACAGCCGACAACUGCCCCGUCAUCCUUCCCCGACCCUCAAACCAUCCAAGCAUCGUCCAACCAAUCCAUGGACCCCCCGCCGCCUUCAUUCCAAUCCAGUACCGCCGGCGGACCCUCCUCGCCCUCCACAUUGCUCACUUCAGCCGCUGCCCCGCCACAUCACGACCAAACUCAAACCUCCUCCAGCACAUUCCUCUCGGCUGCCAUCGACGGAACCAUUCGCAUCUGGGACCGCCGGGUGCCGGACCCGGUGGCGCGCAUCAACAACCGGCGCGGGGUGCCGCCGUGGUGCAUGGGCGCGUGCUGGUCGCCUGACGGCAACUGGAUCUACGCGGGGCGGCGCAACGGCACGGUGGAGGAGUACAGCAUACACAAGGCGACGAGCGGGUGGCAGCCCGAGCGUUCGCUCAAGUUCCCCGCCGGUUCAGGAGCCGUGAGCUGCGUGCGGCCCAUGCCCAACGGGAGACACCUCGUGUGCGCCUCGCACGACAUUUUACGACUGUACGACCUGCGCGACAACGCCGCCUUCAAGCACUCAAAGGUUCCCUUCAUCAUCAUCCCCGGCCCGCCCCGCGCCGGUGUCAUUAGUGCUCUGUACAUCGACCCCACCUCGCGGAUCAUGCUCUCCGCCGCCGGCACCAGGGGUUGGGACGGGACCAGCACCGAGGUGCUGAUUGGGUAUGAGAUUGCCGUUGCUAAGCAAUAG